CAGAGUGACAAAAAAAUCUUUAUAUAACCUAAUAUAUCAUCUGACAUUUUUUUAUUAACAUGAAUAAACUAAACCAACUUUUCACUACGGACCAUGAUAUUUUUACUUUCAAUACAACUAAAGAACUAAGUUAUAAAAAGAGGUAAUGGAUAGCUAUCGCAGACCAAGAGAUGUUGUCUUUCCUACACCUAGUCCUGUUCCAGAAUAUAUACGCAAAGCAACUAUAAGGAGAAUAAUACAACAACAGCAACAGGAGAGAAUAGGGAGAGACAACAAUACUUCUGAGAACAGUUCACAAAAUAAUAAUAAUAAUAAUAUUGUAAACUUACAACAAGAAGAAAAUGUGGACAAGACUGUUACAACAACAAAAACAUCUACUAUAAGUUCAGAGAUUAAUGGUAUAGAUCAUAGUAAAAAGAUAAAUGGACACUUUAGUGCUCGAGAAAUAAAUAAUAGUGAGAAUAACCAGAAAAUGUCAAUAGAUCAUGAGGAUGAUGAAUCUGAGAAGGAAUCAUCAAAUUCCAAUGAAAACAUAUCAAAUAAUAAGGACAAUAAUGAAUCUACGCAGGAAAUAAUAUCAUCUUCGCAAGAUCAAGAAUCAUCAAAUAAAGAACCAAUAAAUCCUGAGCCACCACCCAAGCCACCGGAUGAUGGAAAUGGAGAGUCUAGUAAUAAUAAAAAAGAUUCUGGAAAGUCUAUAUUGAAAGGCCAAAAUGAUGAUAAGGAAGAGGAAGAAGAAGAAGAAAGUAGUGAUGAUUCUUUACCAGAUGAAGAAACUCUUGUAAAUAAACUGGAGGAAUUAACGGCAAAGAAAAAACAAUUAUGGCAACAGUUACGUGAUGCGAAAGCAAAACAAGCCAAAAAGGAACAGGCUGUCACAAAUAAUGAAUCAAUAAAUAAUAAUUUGCGAGAGGAAACAUCGACAAAUUAUAAUACUGGGAUGCACGAUCAACCGUAUAGAGUAGAUAGGCAUAACAUACAACCUCCUAGUUAUAUACCACCAACCCGCGAUCAUUAUGAUUCCAACUAUCUAUCUCCAUAUCAUCAUCAUGAAGAUGAUUUUACCGCAUUUCAUCAUCAAUUACCAUUUGGAAUAAAACGUAUGAAUGAACAAACCCCACCGACUCUUGGGCAAAUGAAUAAAAGGAUGCGACAUCCACCAAACGGAAUGCAUUAUGAGAUGAAUCAUGGUACUCCUAGUAUGUAUGGUCUACCGCCAACUGGACCGAGUGCGAUGACAGGAAACGGAAUGAUGGGACGAGGAAGGGAUGAUCCAUACCCAUAUUAUCAUAGGAAUGAAUUCAGACCACCUCCUCCUACUGCACCAUAUUUAGAUAGAUACGGUCGUGGAUCAAUAAAUAAUAUACAGCGGCGAUUGUCUGGAAAUCCACCAAACAGACUUGCUAGACCACCUGAUCGUUCACGUAGAUAUUAAGUAUUAAC